AUGGAAAGCCCCGAAUCCCAGAACACACCACCCACAGAGCCACCACCACCGACGUCGGAGGCAGCAGCAACGACGACCAGCGUCGACGCCAGCGCACAAAGCGAACCCGAGCCCCAGGGAGCCCUAGCUAUCGCCACGCCUCGCACGCACCGCGUGCCCAGGCCUUCCCUCGGCAUAUUAUCACCUCCACCACUCACAUCUUCCGUCUCGUCCCCACCUAUUCUCCCCGCACGGUCUCCUCUGCGCCCGCCAACACGUUCGUUGUCGCAGGCUUCUACACCGACACGCCCAACUCGACCCACGACAUCGAGCAACACUUCGACAGUAACAUUAGACUCGCCGCUGCUGCCGGAGACGCCGCAGGACGUCGACGCACCACCCAAUUCUGCAAAGCUACCCCCAGAUUCGUCUUUUAGGUUGCAAAUGCGGGAGAGGCAUAACAGCAUACCAUCGCUCGAUGGGCUGAUCGACCCGCUGCUAGCUGCCGCCAUCGACGACGCCGCUGCCUCGGCACCCGUGCCACCAGCAGUCGUCGACCUCAAAUCCUUGCCAGCUCGUCCCGACUCACCCCCACGACCCACUUUCGACGACUCGGAACAGAAUCCCACCACUAACCCCGAGACACCACCCUUAACCACAACAUCGUCUGCUGCGCCAUCCGUGUCCAGUGCACCCACGUUGACCAAGAGGCAGCAUGCUCUACACGAAAUCCUUUCAUCCGAGCGAGCGUACGCCUCAGAUCUUGCUCUCAUUCGGGACGUGCAUAUCCCUUUGGCACUAGGCCUCUCUGUCCCCCUAACGAACAUCCCUAGCCCACCCAAUUCUUCUUCGUCUGGCUCGUCAUCAAGAACACUUUCGACUGCGUCUGAUUCAUCCACAGCCUCCCUUGGUCCGCCGAUGACACAAGAGGACACGAAGAUCAUCUUUGGCAACGUCACCGAGCUGGCGCUAUUCGCCGACAUGUUCUCGGAAGAGCUGGAGCUGGCGCUAGGUGCGGUGGUGGAGGGCGGUCAGGGCGAGGAUUCGGUUGGCUCGCUUUUCCUGCGAAUCAUUCCGGAGCUGGAACGACCGUACAAGCACUACAUCACGCGACAUCCAACCGCACUGCAGCACCUGCAGUCCCUGCCGCAAACACCUGCCCUGACGGCGUACCUCACGCAUACACAGACCAUUGCCUCGGCGCUGUCGCAUGCAUGGGACCUUGCCUCACUGCUGAUCAAGCCCGUGCAGCGGCUGCUCAAGUACCCGCUGCUGCUCGGUGCAAUCAUCGACGAGACGCCUGAUUCCCAUCCAGACAAGGAGAACCUCCGUCUGGCGCGUACGCGGAUGGAAGAGGUUGCGCGGAACGUCAACGAGGGCCGGCGUCGGGCCGAAGUCGUCAAGGAUGUGCUGUCUUCAAAGACACCGAAGAAGCCGAACGCGAACGUGACUUUGUCUGCCUCCGUAAAUCUUUCGAAGAUGAAGUCAUUGAGACAUGGAGGCGUGACAGCCGCGACGAUGAGGGUGUCGCAACUAAGCGAGGGUGGGAGCAGCGAGGCGGCGCAGGUAGAGGGGUACCAGCUUGAGCUGAAGCGGAUUGAGGUGUACGCGCAGCAGUUCGCGCGGGACGUGGUGGACUGGGGAAAGAGCAUGGCGCGGGUGAUGGGCGCUCUCCGUGUGUGGGCGCUCGCGUUUGGCAAAGUUAUCGGCUUGUCGGCAGAGCAGGGCUCGGAGGCGUUCGACGCGUUCUUGGAGGUCAUCACGAAGGGUCUCAUGCCGUCUUCUGCAGACCUGGAACUGGUGUUGAACGAGAGGGUGCUACGGGACCUGGCGCAUUUGUUGACGACGAUGAAUCAGCCGUUAAAGUUGCUCGCCUCGAUGAACGAACAGGAGCCGUACCACUAUCACUUGCUCACGAUGCCCGUUUCGUCGAAGAACAGGCCGCCACCGUCGCUCCUCGCCGCUUCUACAAACUACCUUGCUCUGCGUGGCCAACUUGCCUCCGAGCUCCCCGCCUACCUUGCCCUUAUGCACAGAGGCCUCGCUGUUUUGGUACGCCGACUUGCCGAAGUGCAAACACGGUGGUGGAGAGAUGUUAGAGAUAGGUGGGCGGACCUGUGGGAGAUGCUUCGCGUAGAAGGCGAGUUAAACGUCGGCUGGGAAGAGACGAGCGCCGUGUGGUGUGCAAGGUGGACGGAUGUGGAUGAGGUGGUACGAGGGCUAGGCAUCGUCGGCCAGAGUCCGACGAUCCUUAUCCAGCAGAUCAUGGCGGCACAAGCACUUAGGCGAGCGGGGACACAGCGGCAGGCAAUCGCACUGGCGCAAGCGCAACUUCAGCCAGGUCAACCACAGCCACAAGGCCUGCAGUAUAACAUGGAAGAGUACUUUGCGUACCCCGAGUUCUUCGCACCUGCGUUGCCGCAUAUGCAGACGCCCGCUGCCCAGUAUUCGCCACCACGCGAAAGAGAAAGAGAAAAGGAGAAGGAGAAAGAGAAAGACAAGAGCCGCGAUCGCCACAACUCGCGCUCGUCUGGGUCGAGUGCGAACGCCGCCAAAGCAGCGGCCACGGUGCAGACUAUGUUCGCUGCCCUUGAGCCUGCACAUUCGCCCCGCAGCCCGAAAGCACAACCGCCUUCCAGUUACCAGUCAGGAGGGGGUGGGUCGUCGGUCUACCAAGCUGGAGGCCUGUUCGGGUCGUCAGUCUUUGGACUAGGAGGUGCAGGAACUGCAGCGGCCUCGACGUACUCUGUGUCAGCGCCAAUGCCACUCGCAGCUGGCGCGAUGUACGCCCAUGGACAUCGGGAUCGAACUGACAGAGACAGGGACAGAGAGCGGGAUAGGGAUAGGGAAAGCGGACGCAGAGGAAGAGGACGAGGGCGGAGCGAUGCCGGCCUGGCUGUGACCGUCGAUGCAGACGUACGGACGACGGCGAGCGGGCUGACUGGCGCCUCUGGCACGUCAGGCUCCAGUGGGUGGAGUGGUAGCACGGGCGCCUAUCCCGGUUCGACCUCGACCCCAAAUGGGUACGGCCAUGGUUAUGCAAGUCCGACAGGGUUUGGAAGGAGGACGACCUCGCAGGAUAGCUUACGCUCAAAACGGAGAGAAGAGAAGGAAAGGGAGCGGGAGCCCUUGAGGAGCCCUAGUAGUCCGAACGGGCCGGGCGGUGCGGGUGGAAAUCUGGCACGGCGCAGGACGCAUGGGCACACUGGCCUCGCGGAUGAGUUUGCGGAGUACGUGCAGCACAUGCCUGGUAGCUUCUCGCCACCUGCGUAUGAGGGCAAUGGGAAUAACUCGCCGUCAUCGCCGCGGUCUGGUAUACCAAGGACGAAGUCGAUGCCCCUCGGACGGAUUGCCAGCACGUCGGAGAAGGAGCGCGGUAUGGGUCUUGACAGGGAUAAGGAGUCGACGAGGACAGCACGCCCGACGACCUCUUCAGCGCAGCCCACGAACAAUGGAGGCAGUCACGUUGUCGAUCCCGAACCCUUGUUCUAUAAGCCACCGCCAACUGCACCAGCAGCUGUACCGGCAUCACCGGUAGGUGUGGCAGUUGGUGGAGAGGAAAGUUGGAGUGCUCCAGUGCAGCGACAGGACUCGACCUCUGCGUCGACACGGACGAGAGGGAGAGAAAGUGGGUCGCGACCGUCUACCUCACGCGGAACAGCUCCGAUGCCACCGCCUGCAUCUCCACUUCCGCCGACACCCCAAGUCGCUGGUACGAGUGCGUCGAGAGCUGCAAGUCCCGGUUCUGGGAAGAGGAAGUCAAGAGAGCGCCCAACACAUGAGCGGAAGCGCUCCGGCUCCGUCAAGUCCAUAACAUCUUUCUUCACUGGCUCCAACGCCAACUCGAACCGCGACAGCCCCCCACCCGACCCACAACCUCUCACAGCCUCGCAGCGCGACUCCUGGGCGUCAAAGCCUGCCAAGUACCUCUGCCAGGUGAUUCACCCUUGCAAGCCACCCGCGGCUGUGUCCUACUACUCCUUCCCAUUCUUCACGCUGCAGGUGGACGACCUGUACCAAGUACUCCAGGAGGCCGGCCACCCGAGCAUACAUCCCAAAUUGCCGUUGUAUGUGGAUGACGGAGAGGACUGUUUGUUGCUUUGUCGAGAUGGGAAUGGGGUCGUUGGGUGGGCGCUGGCGAGCUUCUUGGAGCCACUGCCUACGCCGUCAGUGUUGUCGUAG